AUGGCCCUCCAAACCAGCACCCCCUCCUCCCUCAUCCUCCUCGACACCAACUACCUCACCCGCAUCACCGCCCGCCGCGCCCUGCUCACCACGCACCCCCGCACUGUGCUCGGCGUCCUCCGACCCGCCGGCCACGCCCCCGUCCACGAACUCUACACCUACCUCCUCGGCACCUACCUGCCCGCGCGCUACCCGACCCUGUUCCAGGUUACUACAUCGCGCGAUCCGUCGACGGCGCCGCAUACCGUCCGUGUGGGGUUUCGUAAUUGUGUGACGGGGCGGACGGCGCCGCUUUAUCCCGGGCUGGCGGGGGCGGAGGAGAUGUUGACGGUGUUGGGGGAGACGGUGGAGGAUGAUUUGUUUUUGUUGUUGCCGGAGGGUGUUGGGGGUGGGAAGGGUGGUGCACACCGGUUGGUGGCGUUCGUGUGCUGCCAUCCGUCGGGGUUCGAUCCGGUGGAGAAGCUGGGGAAGAGGUUGGCGGGAAUUCAUGAGCCGGUGCCGGGGUAUGAGAAGAUUGCGGGGAGUAUGGAGAGGUAUUUUGCGAGGUUGCAGUGGUCGAUUCAAACGCAUCCGCAUCUUUUUGCCCCGAGUGGGAAUCACAUCCACUCGGGCGAGGAAGUCGACGAGGAGGCAGACAUUGAUAUCGAAAAGAUCAAGGAGGAAGGGCUCGGGCCAGAACUGGCAGACGCGAUUGAAGGGCUGAAGGCGGGAAAUGCGCCUGGCAUGUGGAGAUAUAAAGGGGCCGUCAGAUGGGGCACGGCUGUGUGCGAGUAUCUGAGGGCUGAGGGCAAGAAUGAGCGGCCAACUCUUGGUUGA